AAAGUAAUUGAUAGCAACCAUGGGCAAUAACGCUACAUCCGCGAACAAGAAAGUAGAUGCUGCCGAGAGUGUGCGGGAGUUUCUGGACCAAGCGAAGGAAGACUUCGAGGAGAAGUGGAAGCGCAAUCCGACGAACACGGCCGCCCUCGAUGACUUCGAGCGGAUCAAAACACUCGGUACCGGGUCGUUCGGGCGCGUCAUGAUCGUACAGCACAAAUCGACCAAGGAUUACUACGCGAUGAAGAUCCUGGACAAACAGAAGGUGGUCAAGCUGAAGCAGGUCGAGCAUACGUUGAACGAGAAGCGCAUCCUGCAGGCGAUCUCGUUCCCAUUUCUGGUCAGUCUCAAGUUCCACUUCAAGGACAACUCCAACCUGUACAUGGUGCUGGAGUAUGUGCCGGGCGGUGAGAUGUUUUCCCAUCUGCGUAAGGUGGGUCGCUUUUCCGAACCGCACUCACGCUUCUACGCCGCCCAGAUUGUGCUGGCGUUCGAGUAUCUGCACUAUCUCGACCUGAUCUACCGUGAUCUGAAGCCGGAAAAUUUGCUGAUCGAUUCCCAGGGUUACCUGAAGGUGACCGAUUUUGGGUUUGCCAAGCGGGUUAAGGGCCGAACCUGGACGCUGUGCGGUACGCCCGAAUAUCUGGCGCCCGAGAUCAUUCUGAGCAAGGGCUACAACAAGGCGGUCGACUGGUGGGCGCUCGGUGUGCUGGUGUACGAGAUGGCGGCCGGCUAUCCGCCGUUCUUCGCCGACCAGCCGAUACAGAUCUACGAGAAGAUCGUCAGCGGCAAGGUGCGCUUCCCGUCGCACUUCGGCUCGGAGCUGAAGGAUCUGCUCCGUAACCUGCUGCAGGUCGAUCUGACCAAGCGCUACGGCAACCUGAAGGCGGGCGUGAACGACAUCAAGGGGCACCGAUGGUUCGCCUCGACCGACUGGAUCGCGGUGUUCCAGAAGCGCAUCGAGGCGCCGUUCAUACCGCGCUGCAAGGGUCCAGGCGACACGAGCAACUUCGACGACUACGAGGAGGAAACGUUGCGCAUCUCCAGCACCGAAAAGUGCGCCAAGGAGUUUGCCGAGUUUUAA